GAACAUUACAAUCACUCUCCCACACUAUCUCGUUCUUCUUGUACCUCUAAUGGACCUGCAUCCUGAUCUAAUUUCAAAGUCUUUUUUGCAAAGACAACAUCAUCUUGUCUGAACUCAUCUUGUUUGACACUGUAAAAGUGUACAUUCUGAAAACCUACUUAUGUCAGAGAGAUAUUAUUCUUAACUGUACUUUGCAGAUUCAAAUAUCAUCCUUUUCAUUGCAGCAGUGGAGAUAAAAAGGACAUCAGACAGAAAAAUUUCCUCUCUGCAAAGGAAAGUGCGUGCAGCUUGCAUAGCUCUGACCAAAUUUUCAAGAUAUACCGGCAUAAAUGAGAAAUUCAACAUGUCUUCUUCAGCCAUCAUUAGCUACUACUGUAGUUCUACCAGUCAUCUACUCUUCCCUAUUUCCUGCUGGAAUUUUUGGGAAUAUUCUCGCUGCCUGGACACUUUCAAGGGGAGCACCCACAAAAAGAACACAAUACAUUUACCUGGCAAACCUUGUCACUGCAAAUUUACUUGUAUGCAGCACAAUGCCUUUUCUGGCUGUCUAUUUUUCAAGAGGGUACCAAUGGACUUACGACUCUGUAGCAUGUAGCAUAACAAAUCACCUUGGGACUCUCAUUAUGCACGUCAGUAUGUAUGUUACAAUUAUAAUUUUAUGUUCAAUCGCUCUAAGUCAGUACGCAACACUGAAGAAAAACAGUGAUGCACAAUAUUCUCAAGCAGUUAAUGAAAACUUUUACAGAUGUGUACUUAAAAAGUUUCGUCAGCCAAAAUUUGCUAAAUAUUUGUGCAUCAUUAUAUGGCUUACUGUGCUCUGCAUAACAGCAACAGCUAUAACAUAUAAUGUCCUGGAAAGGACUAUGGAAGAAUUUCAAAGAUGCUACAACACGAAGGUAGAAGCUGGUGAAUUUACUGCAAUGAUUGCGGCUUCUCUUGCUACUGCGUGUUUUUUUAUAUCUUUUAUGACGGUUUUGUUGUCAUACUAUUGUCUUACCAGACAUCUGAGUAAAAUACAAAAAAACAGCUGUAUUGGAGAAAAACAUCUAAUUUACAGUACGGUGAAAAGAAACAUUCUUGUCAUCCAAAUGAUAUUAACUGUCUGCUUUCUUCCAUAUCAUAUUUUUAGACCAAUUUUUUAUGUAUUACUUACAAAUAAUGACUGCCCAAUGUUAAACUAUCUAGUGGAAAUUAAAAAUUUCCUUACUUGCCUUGCUGCUGCUAAGAGUAGUUUAGAUCCAGUCAUAACCCUUCUGCUAGAUAAAACAUUUAGGAAAAGACUGUAUGGCUUGUUUACAAAACCCACACCAGAAGAAUCCCAAAAUGUGAGGGAAUAAAGAAAGAUUUUAGUAGAAUAUAAGUAACAGUAAACACAUUCAUUACCUAUAACCAGACUUUGAUAUGAAAUAGUAAAUAUUUAAAUAAAAUAAUACUUGUGUUUUGUUUUAAAUGAUCUUGCUUGCUACAUCAGCAGUAGCCAUAAUAAAUCUGAUGUGUAUAUCCAAACAAAUCCAAGUAAUUUAUACAGUGAACUGUGCAAUACUCCUUUAUCCAUGCAAUGCAAAAUCAUUUUCUGUUUGACUGACCGACAACGAUUUCUACCUUAAUAAUCAAGCAAGAAGGUAGCAACUACGCUGAAGUAAUCAAUAAAACUGUCCCAGGUUUUGGACACAGGUUUCCCUUACAAAAAAAGCUAAACAAAGCACAGAUGUUUUCUAUGGAAUGGCUUAAUCACGUAUCAAAGGCUUAAGAAAGCAGGCACAGAAAGCUCCAAAAUGCAUUCAAGAUUAGCAUGUAUUUUUUAUUCGAGAGUAUUUGGGUAGAAGGUUGAUUUUUAUUUUUUUCAUGGGGAAUGCACCACAAGGUACCUAAACUCUUUAGUGCAUAAAGAAAAGUUCUUGAUGACAACUUAUGCUAAAGUUACUGAAAAUGUUACUAUUUACUUUAGCUAUGUCCAUCAUAUCAGGGUUUUGCUAUAGUAACUGUAUUUUUAGGAGUAAAAGUGUGUUAAGAAUUUACACACUUUUUUUUGUUCUAGCCUUCACAGAAAAAACUUUACUACAGCUUUGUACUAAAUUAGCAGAAAUAUCAGAUUUAAGAUUUAAUUACUUUAGAGCCCUGCUCUGACAACUCCUAUCAUAGCCACAGUGUUACUGAAACUACAUCUGCAACAAGGUGACCCUGAAGAGAAAGAUUCAAUGGUGACUCAUACCCUGCAAAGGUGAAGAGGAAGAGAAACUCUGAUGGCCUAGGAUUUUACUUGACGUUUGAGAAGAACAGGUUUUAUACAUGCUCUGUUGCUUCCUCAGGAACCAUUUUCCUUGCAGUCUUACCCACAGCUGUCACAUUCAACAGCUGAGGCAGUGGCUUCCUUAUAUGUACGCAAGCCUUGUGUACUCAGGCCACUGUACUCACCCCAAAGUGCCCCAUACUUAUUCCAUUUCAAAGAUGGAUUAACAUAUGCUGCUCCAGAAGGCACCUCCUUCACAACAAUGUUCAAACCCAGACCAUUUGCGGAAGAGUGCAUAAAGCACAAAAGAUCUAUAAAUUGCAACACCGUCGAAUGUACAAUAUCCAAUGAAGAACAAAGGACGAAAUGCAGUUGUUUCUAACCUCUGGCACUACUUAUAAUUAAAAAGAACCCAACAAAACAAAUUACUGGAAUUUCCAUACUCCUAGUCUAAUCUUGUGAGGGAAAUUCUGUGUGUAAAUCUUUAUUAUUUACUGGUAUACAAAAUAUAUUCAAUGAUAAACAGUUAAUGAUCCUUAACAGUAUGAGAGUAGUGCAAAACAGGAUUUCUUUUAGCUGUUGAAGUUAGAAUAUUGUGAUGACUUAAGGUAGAGAUAUCAAUUAUUCUGUAUCAUUUCUGUAGAAGACACUUAAGAUUACAUAACGGUCUUUUCCCUUGUACAAACUUGUCUGCAACUAAGAUCAAGAGGAGUUUAUUUAGUGUAAAAAGUGCUAUAAAAUAAUAGGUAUUCUGAGAAGUCCCACCAGUCACUCAAAAGUUCACAAGGAAAUCUCAUGAGCAAUUCUGCCCUCCCAACCUUGCCACUGAGUUCCACGAGUACACUACAUCGACCUAAGUGCCCACAGACACAAAAGAGUAGGUCUUCUCUCAGAGUGACCCCAAAACAGCUCCUUUGUGUUCUGCAGAAGCUAAAGAUGUAAGUGAAAAAGACAGAAAAUCACAGGAAUGUAGUAUUUUACUUAAUACAAUGUUACCUGUGAUACUAGAAUUUAGUGACUGCUUCUUUAACAGGAUUCUCAUGUGAUGUUUAGGACAAGACUUAUGGAAAAACAUGAAGUGGGCAGCUUCAGGCUCUAGCUCUACAAAGCACUGCAGGAAAGUUGCUCUGUGAACACAGCUGUUGAGCAUGGGAAACCUGUUUGUGCGGGCGGGUGUUCGACCACACAACACAACCAAAGGCCAACUACCCACAGUAGGACUGAACAGAGCAGUUUAGGUCCUCCAGAUGGCAUGGUGAUUAAUAGCUGUAAGUCUGGGUAAGCAAAGCUCUUCAUUACCAAUGUGUUCUUAUAAUUUGCACAGGACCAAACUGAGAAUCCGCUACUUCUGUCCUUCCUUAAAUACAUUUUAUAGGGAACAUAUUUGCAGCUGUUAGGAUAUCUCAGCAAAGUGCCUGCCUGUGUAUGUUUUUCUUAAUACAGUUUCUGAUGGUAGCAUAGACUUAAGCUGUUCUUUCUCCACUUUUCUAGUCACAACCACUUAUUCUCCAGUGCUGCAUUUAUCAAAAAGGCAUGAAAACAGAUGAAACUUUGUUAAAGACCCUUAGCAAGAUCUCACUCCACCAUUUCUACAUAGUACCAAAAAAUGAUAGAUAGAAUCAUAGAAUGGUUUGGGUUGGAAGGGACCUUCAAAGGUCAUUGAGUCCAACCCCCCUGCCAUGAGCAGGGACAUCUUCAAAUAGGGGAGGCUGCUCAGAGCCCCGUCCAGCCUGGCCUGGAAUGUCUCCAGGGAUGGGGCAUCUACCCCCUCUCUGGGCAACCCGGGCCAGUGUUUCACCACCCUCACUGUAAAAAAUUUCUUCCUCAUGUCUGGCCUGAAACUCUGCUCUUUUAGUUUUAAACCAUCACCCAAUGCCCUGCCAGUUUCCAUCCUUCUUACAGGCCCCUUUUAAAUACUGAAAGGCAUCAAUAAGGUCACAGGACUCCAGGUGGAGUCUCAUCAGAGCAGAGGGGCAGAAUCACCUCCCUCAACCUGCUGGCGCUUUCUCUUGAACUGUCAUUAUUAGAUAAUAAUGAAAGUAUUUUGUUAAUAUAGUAAUUGAAACUGAUGAGUGGGAGAGGACCUUUAAAUCAGGACAAAGAAAUAGGAGGAAAAUGGUUUAUCUCCUUCUUCCAGCUUUUCACUUCACUAUAUUCUGUCCUGCAAAGUAACGUUUUCUCUGACUUCAUAAUCAGGAAUAAGGAAGUAACAAAUGGGGUUAACUCUGCAUUAAAGUGGUUUUUCUCUUAACAUAAACACAAGUGAAGAUGGUUCCCUUGUAUGCCACAACACAUUUAUUACAGGCAAUAACGUAUGCCUUGAGAUUUAAUGGGACUAAAAACAAGUAGCCAAAGUGUGCUCUAUAGCUGUAAUAUUUCUUCAAGAAGGACAAAAAUUAAUCGUAUGCCUCUGCAACUCUGAACUGCAAAGGAUACCACUGAUCACUGAACUUGCCUAAGUACUGUGCUAUAGAAUUAUUUUAAUAAUUAUGGUUUUAAAACCCCAAAGUGGUGGGUUUGUUAUAAGUAGGUGAACUAUAAUACUUCCAGUGCCUGUGGCAGUUAAUGUGGUGUAAAGUACCUAAAGCAGCAUUGUGCAUUUAACACAGUCACAUUUGGUCAGUAUUCAAUAUUUUUGAGUUGUUAUAUUCUCAGCAUAUGGAAAAUAUUGCCUUAUCUUGACAGUUUCACUGAGUUACCUUUAGUAAGAGGACAGACUAACCCUGACCUUGAUAGAAGACCUUCAUGCUAGUUACUGAAAGUAGAAUGCGUUUUGCACUCAAGAAAUAGACUGCCUAAGCAUUGUAUAUGUUAUGAAGGAGGACAUAAGAAGUGCAUUUCUUCAGUGUUUAUUGCAGAUUUUUUCACCUCCUCAUUUUUGCAAUAACUUAAAUAGAAUGUUUUUUAUUAGUAAAACAUCAAAAGAUUUUACAACCUUCAGUUAGCCUGUAUUGUGGUGCUUAUAUAGCAUUUUAUAUAGUUGUGUAACCUUGUUACAAAAAUACAUUUCAAUAUAACUGAUACAAGAGUAAUUUAAUCACAUCAAGUGCUCUAGUUCCUGGGUUUUUUUCCCCUUAGUUCACUCCAAACACUCCAACUUUGUUCUGUGAUUUCCAUAUAGUUUCAAGUAUUUCUAUACGUUUUUGUGAUUAAUAAAAUGAUUGGUGUGCAACUGGAGUCAGGGCAAGCUUGUUGGCUAAAUGUAGACACUCAAAAUGUUUAUUAUAGCUUUAUCUCAGUAAGUAUGAAUGGUUGUUUCCAACAUAUGAUCAUAUAAAUAGGUGAAACUGCUAAAGCAAAAAUACACGGAUUCUGCCUUUUCUGCUGUUACGAUUCAGUUCAGUGUUUCUGUGACUGGAAAUAAAAACAUUUGUUCUAGAUUGAAGGACUAAGAGUUAUGCACUGUUCUGUGUGUGGUGUACAAAUCUCAGUUGGUCCAAGUGACUUGAGACCUGAUCUGUCAAUGGAUUUGAAUGCCGAUUUAUGCAGUAUACAAAACAUAAUUAACUGUAUGAAUUCUGAGAGCGCACUCAGUUACCACUUCUUUCAUUGACUAAACUACUUGUACUUGGGCACUUCAGAUUUUGCCUGUUGAGAUUAAGGCUCUUACUCUUCUGCUUUUAGGUAUAUCUAGAAAAUGAGUAAGGAUUGUACAUAUGUAUUUGCGUAUGUUUCUGGAAGUUUAUAUUCAACCAUAUAAAAAAACAACCAGAAUAGAAACUGUUCUUUAAGACCAUAUUCUCUUUGCAGUCUUUGAAUAUCCAAAACAGGAAAUGUCUUGCAUGUUACUUUCCUUCUGCUCUUUUCACUUUGCCAUGGAACCUGUUUUAUACUUUCUGGACAUAGUCAGUAAUAAAUGGUGCUUUUCAUGUAUUUUCUAGAAGAUAUUGGAACCUUGAGAUCCAGUAGCAACUGCUUUGUGAGGAUGUUGUUAGGUAUUAAAUUGUUAAGGGUUAUUAAGGCUGCAAAAUCAGUAGCAGAGGUAGAAUUAAGUGUACUAUCUGGCCACAUUUUUCUAAGGUGCACUUCCUCAUUCAAUGCAGAAGAGCCUGCAAGAAUAAAGUUUUCAGUAUUCAUUCCUCAAUGUUUCUUCAGGUGGUAGGUUUUUUUUCCCCUUGUUUAUGUCCGUUCCUGUAUAUGUGCUCAUUAUCUAAGACUCCCCAUUUCUUGUUUUGUCCUGCCUUUUCCUUGUGUACUGUUAAAUGACUGCUGUGUGUUUGGAGACCAAGUUUGCUGAGAAGUACAUUCAUGCUGCUUGUACUACUUCAAGCUCAACAACUGUGUGCUUUCUGAUCAGGACGUUGAUAUAUUCUAGUUAUUUGCCAAGCCAGUCAGAAAACACAUCUUCUGAUUGAUGAGCUGGCCACCAGUGCAGCUUAUUUGAACGGUUAACAGAAAGUAGAUGGACACUUGCUUUGUAAAUCAUGUGCUGUGCAUAGUUGCCUUAGGAUUUUGUGUUCCUUGCUAUGGAAAUGAAUUAUUUUCUUUUUUAUUAUUAUUUUUUUUUUACUAUACGCAAGUCACCUGCUAACUUCUGAGUUGGCACCAGGAUGUCUAAGCAGUGCAAAAACUUUAGUGCAUGAACUGUGUUUUGCCUUUCUGUUCUGGGGGAUUUUUCCUCCAUGUUGCUCCUGUCAAAUGCUAGACCAGUGUGUUACUUGAUUUGUAGUUUCUCAAAUUGCCUGUACUCCACAAAAGCUUUUCCACUAAAAGAUAAACCUUGAUGCAAUUGAAAAAUUUAGAGAACACAUCACCUUGAACAGACUACAUAGGAAAAAAGUAAAGUAUCUUGAGCUUCAUCAAAAGAAUUGUGGCCAGGAGGUCAAGGGAGAUGAUUCUGCCCCUCUACUCUGCUCUGGUGAGACCCUGCCUGGAGUCCUGCAUCCAGCUCUGGAGCCUCAGUGCAGAAAGAUAUGGACCUGUUGGAGAGGGGCCAGAGGAGACCACCAAGAUGAUCAGAGGCUGGAACAGCUCUGCUGUGAGGACAGGCUGAGAGAGUUGUGGUUGUUCAGCCUGGAGAAGAGAAGGCUCCAGGGAGGCCUUAUUGUGGCAUUUCAGAACUUAAAAGCAGUCUGUAAGAAAGAUGGGGACAGACUUUUUAGCAGGGUCUGCUGCAACAGGACAAGGGGUAACCAUUCUAAACAAAAUCAGGGGAGAUUCAGCGUUAGACAUAAGGAAGAAAUUUUCUACAAUGAUGGUGGUGAAACACUGGCCCAGGUUGCCCAGAGAGGGGGUAGAUGCCCCAUCCCUGGAGACAUUCCAGGCCAGGCUGGACGGGGCUCUGAGCAACCUGAUCUAGUUGAAGAUGUCCCUGCUCAUGGCAGGGGGGUUGGACUAGAUGAGCUUUGAAGGUCCUUUCCAAACCAAACUAUUCAAUGAUUCUAUGACUCUAUCAUUCCAUAAGGUGCAAUUUUUCCUGCCCAUGAGACGAUGAUUAAAUAUUUUGCAGUUCAAAAGAACAUUCACAGAAAGCUUAAGAGGGGAAAAGAUGAAGUAUGACUGUAUUAACCUUACAGAUUUUUAUUAAUUCACUUUCGUCCACUCAGAAUUUGUUCAUUUAGUUUAUUUCCUUUCAAAGCAAUGUCUACAGUGACAUCUAGAGCUGGAAUAUUGCAGCUAGCUUAAUGUGUUCCACACCCAAACUGUAUAGUUAUAUUUCUGCACUGCUUUUACCAAAAUGAAAUGGUCUGUUGGUUUACAUUUCUGUAGACUGAUACAUUAAAAAUUUUUACUCAUGUAAUUGAACAGGUUUAUUUUUAAGGACAGUAUUCAAUAAAAACAACUAUAAGCUGCAAAAUAAAUUCAAAAACUAGAAAUUCAACCGACUUUCAACAAUGCAAAGUUGCAAUCAAAUGGGUAUGUAAUCUGUGAACAAAGACCUGCUAAAUAUUCUGUGUGAUGGAAUUAGAGAUAGGCUUUAAUCUUACAUGACACAGUAAGAGCAACCACACACUCAGCAAAUAUAGCUUCCUUUUCUACAGCUUCCCCCUUCCUCUAAAUUACAGAAAUUAGAAUUCAGUAUUUUGAAUUAUUGUGGU